AUGGACAGUCACAUCGAAGAUGAUCUCUUGAAAUUGUUAGACGACAAUCGUUUGACCGCAGCGCAAGGGACGUCCGACCGAAAAAACGUAUUAUUCGUCGUCGGCAUGUCGUCAGCCGUCAAGAAAUUAGAAGAGUUCAUUAGUAGUAAUGCUGAGAAGGCCAAUAUGAAAAUCGGUAUCAUCGAAAACGGACUUGCGACCGAAGAGCCAUUUUACAACGCCAUUAUAUCGGGCUUUGGGGAAAAUGACAAUGUAUCAUGUGACUUGAUGUUGCUACAAACAUACACUGCACUGCUGACUGCUGGCGGCACACUGAUUGCGAAAACUGUAGUAGGAACUGGGAAUACGCUGGUGAAACAUAUGAAAUUGUGCGGUUUCCUCAAUGUUGCCAUGAGCGAAUCCGUUUCAGGAGUGGUCAUUGGCAAUAUGCCCACGUACAAGGUUGGCUCCAGCGACAAAGUCACAUUGAAUACAGGGGCAAAAGAAAAUGUAAUUUCAGCGUGGAAAUUGGAGGAUAAUAAUUCUGAAACCAUAUCUGAGGAUGAUUUAUUAGAAGCUGAUGACUUAAAAAAACCAGAUUCUUCCUCACUCAGAGUAUGCGCUACUACCAAAAAGGCUAAGGCUUGCAAAGACUGUAGUUGUGGAUUAGCAGAAGAACUCGAAGCAAAUCGUCUGAAGGACACACCCAAACCAGACACUUCCAACGCCAAGUCGUCUUGUGGAAGUUGUUAUCUGGGCGAUGCAUUCCGCUGUGCUAGUUGUCCGUAUCUAGGUAUGCCAGCUUUCAAACCGGGCGAGAAGGUUCAACUUGCUGGAAACUUGUUACAGGACGAUUUCUAAUCAAUACGUUCUAUCAACAAAAUUCAACACACACAUAACUAGAAUAUUUAUAUAACGGUAUUUUAAUUAUAAUAAUAUGUACAGACAUCAUAAAUAUGGUGAUUGAAAUAAAUAAACAAAAUAUUUUUUUUUA